AUGGAAAACAGAGUCAUUAGCCUCCUGGUCAUUGCGCUCAUUAUGUGCUAUGGAUUGUCAACGGCCGUUGGAUUUUAUCGAGAUGAAGACUGGGGGAAGCAGAGAGAAGACCCCGAUCAAGAGCAGGAAGAGCAAGAGCAAGAAGCGAUGAUGGGAGACGAGGAUUGGUUCUUGUUGCAGAACUCAAAGCAGGUGGUGAAAACUCGAGCUGGUGAAAUGAGAGUGGUGAAAAGCGUAGGUGGGAGGAUUGUUGAUAAGCCAAUGCAUAUUGGGUUUAUUACAAUGGAGCCCAAGUCCCUCUUUGUACCUCAGUACAUGGACUCCAGCUUGAUCCUCUUCGUCCAUUCUGGGGAAGCAAAGGUAGGGCUGAUAUACAGAGAUGAACUGGGAGAGAGGAGAUUGAGGGCUGGGGAUGUGUACAGAAUUCCAGCUGGUUCGCCGUUUUAUUUGGUGAAUACAGGGGAGGGUCAGAGACUUCACAUCAUCUGUAGCGUUGAUACAUCUGAGAGUUUGGGAAUGGGUACUUUGCAGUCUUUCUACAUUGGUGGAGGAUAUAACCCAGCAUCUGUACUUGCUGGAUUUGACCAGGAAAUACUCGAAAGUGCAUUCAAUGUUACAUCAUCAGAACUAAGUGAUUUCUUGUCAAGGCAACAAGAUGGUCCGAUUGUAUAUGUGACUGAUUCACCUCAUCCACCAAGCCUUUGGUCAAGAUUCCUAGAGCUGAAAGAGCAUGACAGACUCCAAAAUAUGAAGAGAAUGGUGGGCUUCACAAAAGAACCUGAUCACCAAGAAGAAGACCAAUCAUUAGCAUGGUCAUGGAGGAAGCUUCUCAACUCUGUGUUCGGAUCAAAUGACAAGAGAAGAGACGAUCCCGAUGCUUACAAGGGAAAAGGAAAAUCUCAUGAUGCUUACAACCUCUUCAAGAGAUCUGCAGAUUUCAAAAACGACUAUGGCUGGAGCAAGGCACUUGACGAAUCUGAUUACUCGCCACUAAGAGACUCUGGCGUUGGUGUCUUCCUUGUCAACCUUUCUGCAGGGUCAAUGAUGGCACCACAUGUGAACCCAAUAGCAACAGAGUAUGGGAUUGUAUUGAGAGGCUCUGGCACAAUACAGAUUGUAUUUCCAAACGGAACCUCGGCAAUGAAUACUAAAGUUCAAGAAGGAGAUGUGUUUUGGGUCCCAAGGUACUUCCCAUUCUGUCAAAUUGCAUCAAGAACUGGUCCUCUUGAGUUCUUUGGAUUCACCACCUCGGCACGCAAGAACAGGCCACAGUUCUUGGUUGGUGCUAGCUCUGUUCUUAGGGAGCUCAGAGGACCUGAGCUUGCAGCUGCUUUUGGUGUGAAUGAGGAUCGGUUGAGUCGAAUUGUUCAUGCUCAGCGUGAGUCUGUGAUCUUGCCUUCGGUGCAAGCAGCUCCUCCUUACAAGGGGGAGGAGAGAGAGCCAACCCCGGAGGAGGAGACAGGGAAGCAAACCCCAUACAAGGAGGACGAGAGGAGGCAGGAAGACAGGAGGAGGCGGGAAGACGAGAGGGAGCAAUCAGCUGAGGAAGAUGAGAGAAGGCAACCCCCAUACAAGGAAGAUGAGAGGCAGCAGUCGUCACAGGAGAAGCAGAGGAGGCAACCUCCAUACGGGGAAGGGGAUGUGAUGUUUCAGAGGCUCCCAAAGGUGAUCAAGAGUUUCGGGAAUGAGAUGGUUAUGGGUUUUGAUUGA